AUGGCCAGAGAAAGCACCGCUCCAGUGGAGCCAAAGACCCCGGGGAAGCCAAUUGAGCGACCCCAGGGCUCCGUUCCUCAGCUUCCUGAGUUUGGCAAACCUUCGCCGAUGGGCCAGCCUCAGCGCCAGCCUCACCCUCAGCACCAGCCGCGGCCUGCUGCUUCAUCCAACCACUUGUUCAAUAUCCCAAAGUCGAACCAUGCACGGCCCGAGCAUCAUCGUCCCGCACCUCGUCCGCAGCCACAGCCCCAGCACCCUGACCACCCGUAUGGGGCGCACCAAAGUCACCAACCACACAUUGCUUCCAUACCUGGGGCGAGGACCGCAACGCCAUCUGCGAAGCAAUCCUUCGAUCCGUUCAUGCCAGUUCGGCCUUCCGCAUACAAUGACCAUCGAUCCGCGUAUCACACAGGCGCCACCCCAAUCAAGCGUCCUGAGAAUGUGAACUUUACGACGCCUCGUGCUCCUCGCCCGAUCUUCCAGUCCAAGGCCGGGCCCGCGAAGCCAGCGAAUACAAACAAACACCUCCAGGCCUUUAUCGACUUGACGAAGGACGACCCGUACGCUAGUUCGCAGCCUCAGUCUCAGUCUCGGCGCGUCAAUACUGGAUCAACCUUCGGUGCCAUGGAUAUGGGCGGCUACGUUGAUUCUGAGAAGGCUAAUGAGAACAUCAAGGCUCUUUUGGAGGGUGCUUUUGAAGAUGAAGAGGAGGAAAAUCCUACAAAGCCCAAGACCAAGAAGAAGGGUAAGAAGAAGCAGUCGAAGAAGGCAAAGGUUGCAGAAAAGGCCAAGUCCGCGGACGCUUCUGAAGCUAAAGCGGAGAAGAAGGAGAGCAGCGACGACCUUGAUGAUUUGGCUGCCCAGCUUGAGGGCGUUACAGUCAACGACAAGAAAUCAAAGGACGAAGAACUUCAUGUCAAUGCACCUGGUACAACUGAGGCAGUUUCAGACGCAGAAGAAAUUGAGAAGAGCCAUGUCACCGACGAGGAUGAAAAAGAUGUGGAUGCGGAGGCAUCGGAUGAUGAAGAAGCUGAAGAAGAAGAGGACGAAGAGGAAGAGGAGGACGACGAGGACGAUGAUGGAACCGUUGAAGGUUUGAAAGUCUCUCUUCUUCCCCAUCAAAUCGAUGGAGUCAGGUGGAUGUGCAACAAGGAGACUGGCCAAAAAACAACGAAGGGGAUCUAUCCCAAGGGCGGAAUCCUUGCUGAUGACAUGGGUCUGGGAAAGACCGUGCAAGCGAUUGCUCUUCUUCUCCGAAACAACAAAUCCGAAUACGAACACAGCGAUAAAUUCGAAUCAGCCGAUGCAAAGAAGGACUCGAAUGAGCCCCCAGCCUCUCGUCUGAGCAAGAGCACCCUCGUCGUGGCGCCUCUGGCACUGAUCAAGCAAUGGGAAUCCGAGAUUCUCGACAAAGUCGAGAAAACACACAAACUCAGUGUCUGUCUGUAUCAUGGCACCAACCGCGCGAAGACUGCUACUUUCCUCGACACAUAUGACGUCGUCAUCACGACAUAUGGAACCCUUACUUCGGAAUCUGGAACUGCUGCGGCCGACAAAGCCAAGAAAUCUGGCAUUUUUUCAGUCUACUGGUACCGCAUCAUCCUCGAUGAGGCUCACACCAUCAAGAACCGCAACGCAAAGGCAACUCAGGCUGCCUAUGCACUGGAUGCAAAGUUCCGCUGGUGCUUGACAGGAACUCCAAUGCAAAACAACCUCGAUGAGCUUCAGAGUCUGAUUAGAUUCCUUCGCAUCAAGCCAUAUGACGAACUGGCUGCCUGGCGGGACCAGAUCAGUCGACCCCUGAACAACGGCCGUGGUGCUCUUGCUAUUCAGCGUCUGCAAAUUUACCUGAAGGCUUUCAUGAAACGCCGCACCAAGGAUGUUCUGAAGAACAACCAAGGUGAAAAGUCUGGCGGUGAUGGUGGAGAGAAGAAGUCGAAUGGAUUCCACAUUGUCAAGCGUGAGGUCAUCAGGGUGGACGGUGAUUUCAUGGAAGGAGAACAGAACUUCUACACACGCCUCGAAAAGCGUACCGAAAACAGUCUGGAUGAGAUGAUGGGUGGUACCAAGCUCGAUUACGCCGGUGCUUUAGUUCUGCUGUUGCGUCUUCGUCAAUCUUGCAACCACCCUGACCUGGUCAAGAGUGAUUUGGCUGCCGAUAAAGACGUUCUGUUGCAAAAUGGCAACGGUGGUAGCCAGUUGAAAGACCAGAAGCAAGACGACUUGGACAGUGUGGCUGAUCUUUUCGGCGACCUUAGUGUGGUCGCUAAGAAAUGCGACGUCUGCCAGACUGAGCUCAGCCACGCAGAAGCCAAGAGCGGCGCAAGUCGUUGCAACGAGUGCGAAGCUAACCUCAACACCGACUUCAUGAAAGGCACGAAGGACAAAUCGAAGAAAAAGAGGAAGUCCCAUCGGCACCGCAAGGAUCUUACUGCUGAGUUGAGCUCGCAGGCCGCCCGGUCACGCAAGAAUCGACGAGUCAUUAUGGACAGUGAUGACGAAGAGGAGGAGGCUGAAUGGAUUGUUCCAGAGGACCAACGCAAGAUACCAAACCUUGGCAAGAUUGGAGGAUCCGAUGAUGAGGAUGCCGAAGGCGGCGGAGACUGGAUCGGCUCUGACGACUCCGACACAGAGGAUGAGAUUGACUCGCCCUCCGGCAACAAGAGUCGACCUGUCCACCUGGGUGAUUCCGAAGACGAAUCUGAAUCCGAGUCUGAGUCCGACGAAGAUAUCUAUGAAAACCCCGAGGGAAUCAACGGAGAGCUACCAUCCACCAAGAUCCGUCAUUUGAUGAAGAUCCUCAACAAUGAGUCUGCAGAAUACAAGUUCAUUGUCUUCUCCGUUUUCACUUCCAUGCUCGACAAGAUCGAGCCUUUCUUGAAGCGCGCCAAUAUCGGCUUUGCCCGCUAUGAUGGUGGAAUGAGAAAUGACCUCCGUGAAGCUAGUCUCAACAAGCUUCGGAAUCACAGCGGCACGCGUGUCCUGCUUUGCAGUCUGCGUGCUGGUGCCCUGGGCCUCAACUUGACUGCUGCCAGCCGCGUUGUGAUUUUGGAGCCAUUCUGGAAUCCUUUCGUGGAAGAGCAAGCCAUCGAUCGAGUCCACCGUCUCAACCAGACAAUCGACGUCAAGAUCUACAAGCUCAUCAUCAAAAACUCCGUCGAAGAACGAAUCGUCGACCUCCAAGACCGUAAGCGCGAACUUGCCAACAUGACCAUCGAAGGCAAGUCUGCCGCCGGCAAGUUGACGAUGCGCGACAUGAUGGCCCUUUUCGGACGGGAUGCCGAGUCCCGUUUCGAAGAUAAGCAGAGUACUCUGGAUUUCAAGAAACCCAGCGUUCUCCGUGGAAAUGACGAGGACAAAGAAUACGCGCCUCCUUCACAGAGUGCUGGCCGAUCGGAUUCUCGCGAUCGCGUGCGAAAACAGCAGUCCAAUCGGUCAACUCCUGAGGAUUCGGUUUACGGUCGGCGUUGGUAG